GCACACUUCCCAUCCCUUCCACUUGCCCCACUGGAAUAAGAUUUUCCCGUCUCAUUUGGCUCCAGCCUGCUGCUACUGCUGCACAACGUCCUGGGCGAGCUUAGUGGUUUCAUUGUACUGAUUACAAUCCUUCUAUAGAAGACACGGCAGCAGCCGUUGUCCCACACUAUCGUCAUCGUCAUCAUUGUCGUCGUCGUCCCUGCAGGGACGGAACUAUAGAUGUGAUUCCUAUAUGCCCCGAGAUUUCGAACGGAAACGGAGAGAGGAAAUAAGUCACCUGGUAUGGAGAUAAUACCACUACUGGUGGUUGUCUUGUUGUGUGCUCCAUGGUUGGCCGCCUCGCUGGAGCUCCACAUUCCAGGAUUGGGCAGGAUGAAUGUGCAGUUUAUCAGGGAAACCACAACUCCCGGAGCUUUGGAAGGUCGGACAGAGGGGCAAGCAAUGCCGGAUAGAGAUAAGACAACGUUGGAUGGUCAAGAGACACAGAAUCCUGGGAAUAAGGACGAGGUGAGUGACAAAACAGACAGAAAGACUGAUGCAGCUGAAGCAGAUCAGACAACUAAAGCAGAAAAUGAAGCAGUGACUGAGGGUACAACGAAGAAACCAGAAGAAGAGCCAGGGAAUGACAAAACAACUCAAGCAGAUAAUGCAGAGAAGAGCGAAGUAACGAAAGCCGAGACGAAAGAGGUAGAAGCAACCACCAAAGCACAAACGAAACCAAAGGACAAGCCAAAUAAAGAGGAUAAGAAAGAAACAACUGCAAGCACCGUGAAGAACAGUGAAGUAACCAUAGCAACUACGGUCAAAGAUAAGAAGGAAGCUACUUCCAACGCUGGCAAGAACUUGGAAACAACCACAGAGCAAGACGCUGCCGCCACCACCGCAAAAUCCGAAGCCGAUGAGGAGGAGGACGACGACGACUUCGACAUGAGCGACGUGUGGGAUGACGUUGAAGAACCCCCGGAAGAGUUCGGCCGUGAGUACGACCUGGAUCCCAAGCUGAUGGAUUCGGGCAACAACAGCAGUGACGACGACUUUCAACCGAAGUUGGAGCUGCCUCCGGACAUGACCAAGGACAUGUUCUAUGAUGGCAACAACAACAGCAGCAACGAAACGAAAACGGUUGCGCCGGAUGAAGGAGGAUUCUUCGACCAGUUGAAGAAGUUCUUCAGCAUAGGGAACCUCAUCGAACAGCUAGACACCAUUCCGGGGAAGGUCCAGUCGUUGAUGGAUCAGUUCCAGCAGAAGAAAUCCAGCGGGUUGCGAAGUUUGCGGGAGAAGAUGGAUAGCAGUGCCAAGUCGAUAGGGAACAAGAUCUCCGAAGCAUUUGCCAGGAUGAAGCCGCCGAAGCAUGAAGCGCCUCAGGAAUGCUUGCGGAGUGUUCAGGAAAAUUUCCAGCAGUACGAGGCGGCGUUGCAGGGAGGGAUCGAGCCAUGUUUGGAGAAAGCGCAAAGCUUGCUGGGGAAACAGGAAGGAGCGUUGAAGAGUGCAAUGGGAAGGUUCAGCCGAAUGCUGUCGGAUAUGCAGGGUUGUGCGCAGAAGUUGGAAGGAGCGUCGAUCAAGGAGUUUGUCACGUCGAUUUUCAACGUGGGAAGCUGUACGAAGGACAAUAUUCAAUCGAAGAUAGAACAAGCACUUCAACCGCAGAUGCAGCGUCUGGCGGAGUUGAUUCAGCGUCAGGGUAAGGCCUUGCAGGGUAACAUGGAUGCCACUGGUGAAUGCAUUAAGCGGAAACUGCAGCUAUCAAAGUUUCAGAAACAGCGACUGGAUUUGAUAGCCGAAGGUAAAAAGUGUCUGGAGAGGCGACAAUAAAUCUUAGAUCCCGACUGGC